ACCGGGCUGUGCUGAGGGCGCGGGCAGCCCGGGCUCCUGCGCGGCGGCUCCGCUCCCGCUUGGGCCGCGGCUGCGCGCCCUCCCUUCGGGGAGGAGGAAGAAGAGGAAGGAGGAGCAGCAGUAGGAGGAGGGCCGAAGGCGGCAGUCGCGCCGCCGCGGGGUGGAACCAGAGCCGGCGGCUGCAGGGUUUUCAUUUCGUAUGGGGGAAUGGUAGUAUGCUGGUCAGAUUUUUGUCAACUGGACACAAGCUACAGUUAUUUGGAAAGAGAAACUCUAAGUUGAGAAAAUGCCUCCAUAAGAUUUGCCUGUAGAAAAUAGCUUCAGAGGUUAAAUGAAGCUGGACAGAGUUCACCAAUGAGGCAUCACAGCCCUUCCCGAUGUUUGGGCAUAGCUGCUCCAGAAGCAAAUUGACCCGUUUGGAUUAGUUAACUUUUGUCAAAAUGAAGAAAAUCAGUCUGAAGACCUUCAGGAAAUCUUUUAACCUGAGUAAAAGCAAAGAUGAAACUGAGUUCAUGGUGGUUCAGCCCCAGUCCCUUGCUGGUGAUUUUGUGAAAGAUGAUUCUUUAUUUGGAAGCUGCUAUGGCAAAGACAUGGCCAGUUGUGACAUUGGUGGCGAGGAUGAGAAAGGAAAGAACAGGUCCAAAAGUGAGAGCCUGAUGGGCACUUUGAAGAGGCGGUUGUCCGCCAAGCAGAAGACCAAGGGCAAGGGUGGCACUGCGCCCGCAGAUGAGGACACCUUCUCCUCUGCUUCAGCUCCUGGUGGCCUCAAGGAUGUGCGUGCUCCACGGCCCAUCCGCUCCACAUCACUGCGAAGCCACCAUUAUAGCCCCACACCCUGGCCGCUGCGUCCCACCAGCUCGGAGGAGACGUGCAUCAAGAUGGAGAUGCGAGUGAAGGCGCUGGUGCAUGCUGCCAGCCCAGGACCAGUCAACGGUGUGCGCAAGGAGCUGCGGGAGCUGCAGCCCAAGGAGCUGAGGGAGCUGCAACCCAGGGAGCUACUGCAGCCCAGGGAGCUGCGAGACCUGCAGCCAGAGCCGCGCCCUGAGUCCCGCUGCAGCCCCAACUCACCCGGGGACCUGAGCCUCCACCUGGAGGAACACGUGCCUGUAGUAAUCGGACUCAUGUCUCAGGACUACCUUCAGUACACCGUGCCUUUAGACGAUGGGAUGUGCCCUCUUGAAGGGCCACGCAGCUGCUGCCUGGAUACGUCUUCUCCCAUGGAGGUGUCAGCUAUACCCCUGCCAGGGGCUAGUAGCGCCUUCUCUGAAGACGACAGUCAUGUGGACCAGGACCUGGUUGUAGGCCCAGAGAUCCUUGUGGAUUCAUCAGUGAACAACUUGUUGAUUGGCACCACAGGAGUCAUGUUGCAGAGCCCUAGAGGAGGUCAUGAUGACGCCCCUCCCCUCUCACCAUUGCUACCUCCAAUGCAGAAUAACCCAAUCCAAAGGAACUUCAGCGGCCUCUCAGGCCCAGACUUGCACAUGGCCGAAAGUGUUCGCUGUCAUUUGAAUUUCGAUCCCAACUCUGCGCCUGGGGUUGCUAGAGUUUAUGAUUCGGUGCAAAGUAGUGGCCCCAUGGUUGUUACAAGUCUUACGGAGGAGCUGAAGAAGCUUGCAAAACAAGGGUGGUACUGGGGCCCCAUCACACGCUGGGAGGCAGAGGGGAAGUUGGCAAACGUGCCAGAUGGUUCUUUUCUUGUUCGGGAUAGUUCUGAUGAUCGUUAUCUUUUAAGCCUGAGCUUUCGCUCCCAUGGUAAAACACUUCACACUAGAAUUGAGCACUCAAAUGGUAGGUUCAGCUUUUAUGAACAGCCAGAUGUGGAAGGGCAUACAUCCAUAGUUGACUUAAUCGAGCAUUCAAUCAGGGACUCUGAAAAUGGAGCAUUUUGUUAUUCAAGGUCUCGGUUGCCUGGAUCAGCAACUUAUCCAGUCAGACUGACCAAUCCAGUGUCACGGUUCAUGCAGGUUCGCUCUCUGCAGUAUCUGUGCCGCUUUGUUAUACGUCAAUAUACCAGAAUAGACUUAAUUCAGAAACUGCCUUUGCCAAACAAAAUGAAGGAUUAUUUGCAGGAAAAGCACUACUGAGAGAUUGGGAGCCCUGUUUCUUGCACUUCGGGGUUCAGAAACAAGACUUGAGUACAGUUUACAGACUUACAUCGCCAUUGAAGUCUUUGCUGCCAUAACUUUUAGUUUUUAUGUGUGAGAGUCAUCGAUUUGUUCAGGGGUGGGGAAGUGUCUGCAAGGCGUCCUGAGUUUAUUUUGGUUCUUGGAAAGGAAUGUCUUGAGGGUCUAGAAGUGUGAGUUAUCUUUCCUUAAUGUGCAGAAUAAUCACAAUGUGAAUGACCAGAUUCUCCUUAAUGCCCCUCCCCAGUCCUUUGCUGCUAUCCACUGUGAUUCUUAUGCAUUAAAGCACAUUUCAUGUGUAUUCAACCCUAAGUAAAGUUGAAUGAAACUUAAAGAAAUAUAAAUUGCUAUGACGUUAAAUGGCCCAGUUGAAUUAAACAUGUGUGGGAUAAAACAUUUACAUAAACACUGAAAACUGAUUUUUUUAAGUCUCACACUUUAACAAUGAUUUGUUCAGAAUUAUGAAUUAAUACAAUGUUGAUAAAUGGAAUGCAAAUCUGCAACAUCUUUUAUAACACUUUUCUAAAUUAUUUUUUAAGGAUGUGAUAAUUGUUUUGGUUGUGAGAAGUUGAAUUUUUCUGUUGCCUUCAUUUUCAUCUUGUGGUUUGUCUCUUUUGAUAAAUUGCCUUACAUUAAAAAUUGUAAACAAAUAUAUACCCAA